UUGAGAAACAUGUCCGUUCAGUGAGAAUGACAGCAACGGCACUCCACUGAAUGUGUCACGAAGGUGUCAGCUGAGGUGCAUGCAGCAGAGGGGUGUUCUGUACUGUAUGAGGGAGGAGAUCAAGCAGAAAGAAAUGCAUUUCAACAGCACAACUCCCCACAUUUCACCUCCAAACCACAAACCUGGAUUUCCUGGUUACUAUGCACUGAUUCCCUUUGUACUACUCAUAGUGAUUGGAUGUGUGCUGGCAAUGGUUGUUUAUAUCAGGAGGAGGUCCAGACUAGAUGAGCUGCGCCAUAGGAUGAUUCCUCUGUACAGCUACGACGCCGCAGAGGAACAAGAAGAGUGGAAGGACGCUGGCAGGGAAGAGGAGGAGCUGACUAAACCUUUGUAUAAGGAGGGAAAGCUCUCCUUUUCAUCUGUCUAUGGAACAUGAACAGAAAAUCAAGAAAGAAAAAAUAAUGUGGCCAAUUACAGGAAGAUUUCUCCAUUUCUUUUUUGUGUUGCAGAUGCUUUACGAAUAUAGACUGGACUCUUAUUAAUAAAAAUAUCAUUCAACAGCUACUAGCGCCACAUGAAAUGAUUUAAUUUCUUCCCACAUGACAUGUUCUAUGCAGAGCAGCAGACAGAUGACACUGUAGGCUAAUCCUCUCUUUUGCCUUAGUUGAGAUUUUGUUUAAGACUUUACCAAUUGUUUUGAAGGAUACUGCAAGAUUGUUAUUUUUGAGCAAUUACCUGGAAGCUAAAAUCCAACUUAAAACCCUUUUUGUUUUGCGUGUGUAUUUCUAAAAUGAUUUUUUUGCAUUAGGCUCAAAAAGGCUUGAAAGACACACCUGUUUCAGCUUGGUAAUCAGAGGGUUUACUGGGUUGGUGUUUGGAGGUUCCUCAGGUUGACACAUCUUCACACCGUCUGGGGAUUUAACAGACAGGAAGAUGGCAUCACAAAAAAAAAGCAGUCUGGAGGCCCAUCUGUUGGGACCACGCUGGCUCCUGACCUCCAUCCUGUUGGCCACAGCGCUGGUCCUCCCUACUCUGAGUCUGGAUAGCCUGCUGUGUUACUUCUGUCCUCUGCAGCAGAAAGGCAAGUCCUGCCCCAAAAUCACCAGCCAGUGUCUGCCUGAUCAGCGCUGUUCCAGCUCCAAAGGCCACUACGGCUCCCUCCACAUCCUGUCGGCUCAGGGCUGCGUGGACACUGAACUCUGUGGCUCCCAUGAAAUCACCUCUUAUCGGGGGGUCAAGUACAACGUCAGCCACGCCUGCUGCUGCAAAGACGAAUGUAACGGCCAGCCAAAGUCUGACACCACACUGAAGAUGGUACUGGGGAUGAUCACAGCCAAAAUGGAUUACAUUAAUGUCACUAAUGUUCUUAGAGAGGAUCCCUGGGAUUCAUGUGCAAAUUACACAUUGUCAAAGAGCUCCACAUUACCUGCCAUUGCAUUUUAGAAGUGCUUAUAGAAGGCUUGGGUGAGGCCUGUUAGCCAUAGGCACUAACCUGAGCCUCCAACACGCAUUUGAUCGAAUGUUUGUGAUUAUUAGUAUUUUUGCUAAAUUAAUGUGUAAAUGAGAAGAACAAGUGUGAUUACAUUUUAGCUCUAGAGAGAAAAAGGUGGACUUCUCAGCCAUCCUCCUGGUAUAUAGAGUAAAUGCUGACAAUUUAUUUAUGUGGUUAUUGAUGAAUGCAGCAAAAUAAAAGCACCAUAAUUAAGUCUC